CUUGUCUAGUCUUGAUCAACCUUUGAGCACGAACACACAUCUCAUAGGUAGUGUUGUCGGGUUUUUAUUGUUCGACCUCCGUUGCCGUGGGGUUAUUGUUUGGUAUGCAGUUUUUAAAUGAUCAAGUAUAGCAUUUCAAUUAUUUCAACGAUGACAAUUAGACGAGUGUUACAUGCUUUAUGUGUAUGUAGUUAAAUAAUCCAGUGCAAUGAAUAAUCGUCCUUUCAUAAAAGGUCGUGCCUUGUCCGAAAUAUCUCCAUUGGCACAACCUUCCAGUAGUUCGGAUAUGCAACGGAAUCAUUCCUAUGGCAGUAUCAUAUCAUAUGUCGGAAUUUUGCGGAAUUCGCUGUUAAAAUCAUCGCCCUCGACGCAGGCAUUGAAUCGUUGUGAUUCAAUGGGAUCCCUGAGCCAUCGUGCAUUAUUGCAGUACUUAGAAUCGGACGAUCUAGUCGGACUUAAAUCGUUCCUUGGCACCCGUCAGUUGCAAGUCGAUGAUCGCGAUGAAAAUGGUACCACCGUAUUGAUGAUAGCUAGUGGCCGUGGUGCUGCAAAUUUUGCAAAGGAACUUCUUGCGCGAGGAGCUGAUAUACAGGCCCAGGACUUGGAUAGUUGGUCAGCACUGCAGUUUGCUGCAAAGGCAGGUCACGUAGACAUAGUGGAAAUUCUGCUCGACAAUGGCGCUGACAUUGAACAUCGGGAUAUGGGUGGCUGGACUGCUCUUAUGUGGGGAUCGUACAAAGGCCACACUGCUAUAGUGUCAUUGUUGUUACAAAGAGGAGCUGAUGUUCAAGUUCAUGGUAAUUAUCAUUUGAAUCCUCUACUUUGGGCUUCCGGGCGUGGCCACACCGAGAUUGUUAAAUUGUUGAUAAACAGUGGGGGAGCAAAACCAAAUGUAGGCGAUAAGUAUGGAACAACUCCAUUAGUUUGGGCUUGUAGGAAAGGAAACGCGGAGAUUGUUGACGUUUUGUUAAAGGCAGGAGCCAAUGUUGAUACAGCAGGUAUGUACUCAUGGACACCAUUGUUGGUUGCCGUAACUGGCGGAUAUCAGGAAUGUGUGUCGCUACUAUUGGAACGCAAGCCGAAUGUGAAUGCCUUGGAUAAGGAUGGCAUGACUGCACUCUCAAUAGCAUGUCGGGAAGGACUCACGGAAAUUGCUUCCGCACUGAUAUCUGCUGGUGCUUAUGUAAAUGUACAAGAUCGUGCAGGAGAUACACCACUUAUUAAUGCAGUGAAAGGUGGCUACCGCAGUGUAGUAGAAAUUCUGCUGAAACGUCACGUAGAUGUGGAUAUACAGGGAAAAGAUAGAAAGACUGCUUUAUACACCGCUGUCGAGAAGGGCCAUACAGUACUUGUGAAACUCAUCCUACACUCCAACCCGGAUUUGGAGCUAUCAACUAAAGACGGAGAUACGCCGCUUUUGCGAGCGGUGCGAAAUAGGUAUCUGGAAAUUGUGCAAAUGCUGCUAGAACGAAAGGCUAAAGUUGGUGCUGCCGAUAAACGUGGUGAUACUUGUUUGCAUGUGGCAAUGAGAGCACGUUCCAAAGCAAUCGUGGAAGCGCUUUUGAGUAAUCCUAAGUACAGUCAACUACUGUAUCGGUCAAACAAGGCAGGAGAAACACCAUACGGCAUCGAUGCUAUGCAUCAGAAAACGAUUCUUGGGCAAGUAUUUGGCGCUAGAAAAUUGAAUGCGAAUGAAGAUUCGGAAGGAAUGCUAGGGUAUGGGUUGUAUUCAUCAGCGUUAGCAGAUGUACUCAGCGAGCCAACCCUGACGAUGCCAAUUACUGUAGGACUAUAUGCAAAAUGGGGCAGUGGAAAGAGCUUUUUGUUGGCUAAGCUACGAGAGGAAAUGAGAAGUUUCGCUCAACAGUGGUCCGAACCACCCAUCAGAGCACCUUAUUUAUUCUUUCUUGUUUGCCUUCAUUUCACGAUUAUUAUUGGAACUGUUGUCGGCCUCGCAACUUGGUGCUACACAUGGGGUAUUGUGACCGGAGCUUCUCUUUUGGUUCUAGUGUACUUCAUCAACUAUCUUUUCAAGUUCCUGGAUAGACGGUAUGAUCUAGAGUGGAUAUAUUCGUUAAACUACGGACUUUCAAAAAAACUUGGAAGACUUCGUUUGAUUCUACAAGUUGCGUUUUGCCACCCCCCUGGUCCACAAAAUGACUCCCAACCAAUGCCCGUUCGAUUCCAUUUUGCCGAAGCCAGUGGAGCAGCGCCCAACGGAGAUGUAGCAAUAGCACUAAUGUUAGCAUCCCUAUUUGAUGCAAUUGAGACUCACUACGGAUCAUUAGCCACGGGGAUUUAUCGUGCUUUUCGGCCUAAACCAUUGAAAUCGACGGGGGGUUGGAAGUGGCGACGUAUGUGUUGUGUUCCUGUAGUCAUAUUGUUCGAAUUGGGAAUAUUAGGACUAAUUACAACGGCAUCGCUUUCGAUUGUUUAUUCGGAUCACGCAACAGAAGGACGAGAUGAAAUUGCAGUCACUAUUUAUAUUCUAAUCGGAUUUCUUUUGGCUGGAACGAUUGCUAAUCUUCACGCUUGGUCUAAGUUAAUAGGAGCACUGUUUAUGUCACAAGGGAAACAUCUCAAACGUGCAUUCAAUUUCAACGAGGCUUCUUCACUAACCGCAUUGGGAGCGGAAGUCAGUUUAAUGACUGAUAUGGUUCGCUGUUUGGAUGCAUUCACAAAUCAACAGAGCCGACUCGUUGGAGUCGUUGACGCUCUAGAUUCUUGUGAUACUGAACGCACCCUAACUAUUUUGAAUGCUGUUCAGACGCUUUUAUCAGGUCCGCAACGCCCAUUUGUUUUAUUACUAGCAGUUGAUCCUCACGUGGUAGCCAAAGCGGCGGAAGCCAACAGUAAGCGUUUAUUUACCGAAGGCGGAAUUGGAGGGCACGAUUUCUUAAGAAAUUUGGUACAUCUACCAGUUUAUCUACAAAAUUCUGGACUACGAAAAGUGCAACGAGCUCAAAAUACUGCAAUGGCUACGUAUCGCAGGAUAAUACCGGAUUCAAAUAGAGAUGAUGAUGCUCACUUAGGGCAUUCAGCCUCACAACGGAGACUAUCGAACGCUUCUGAAAUCAUGUCUAGUCAAGAAAAACUUAGAGGAAUGCCAAGUACUUCAAGGGCUGGAAGUAAAAAGAUGCGUGUUUCGGAAUCAAUUGCUAGUUCCAUAGGGUCGAAUUUACACAAAUUGGGCCAAAAUCAUCCUGUUGAUUUGUCCAAAAUUAUUCUUACAGAUGACUAUUUCAGUGACGUAAAUCCACGAAGCAUGAGGAGAUUGAUGAAUGUUAUUUAUAUUACUGUACGUCUGCUAAAAGCUUUUCAAAUCGAUUUUAGUUGGUAUCGAUUAAGUUCGUGGAUAAAUCUGACAGAGCAAUGGCCGCUACGUGCGAGUAUGAUCGUUCUAGAACAUGACCAAGCUGCAGAUAGUUUCGAUGAUUCAAUGUCACUUCAAUCAGUUUAUGAUAAAGUUCGACUGAAAAUCUCGUGUCUUCGAGAAGCUGCUAAUUUGCUCGAUCUCGACCGCGAUGAACGCAAAUUGGAUGCCUUCUUACAACUUCACAAAUCAGAUCUAUUAGUUUCGGAUUUACGAAUAUUCUUGCCUUUCACCAUAAAUCUGGAUCCGUAUCUAAGAAAAGUUCUAAAAGAAGACCAACAAGCUCUGGAAGAUGAAGGUAUAAUAAUGCCAGCUAAAAACACGAUUUCAAAUUUGAAACAACAUAACGGAUUUGCUGCUACGAGGCAUAUGCACCAGAACAUCAUGCAUCCUACCACCCAGCAUCCGAACAGUCUUCCAAAUUGGGCAGGAUUCUAUAAUGCACCGCCGAGUAUGGCUAUGAUGAACUAUUACAAUCAUAACCUGGUCAGCCUUUUGCAGCCUCCCGAUAAUGCUAGUCAUAAAAAACAAAAUUCCACUAGUAUACUAAUCGAACAUGUAAACGAUAAUCAUUCCACGGGUAUAUCAUCCCUACCUGGAAGCUCCAGAAAUACUGCGAAGAAUCCACAUCCACCAAUCGAUUUGGAUAUUUCUAAUAUACAGCUCUCCAAACUAUCCGUAGAUGAUCUAAUAGAACUGAUUGGUAGAGUUAAUGACCUUAAACCAGCAUUGGAAAAGGUGACGCCCGUAUUGCGGGAGAACGCUAUUUCUGGUCGAGUUCUGUCACUAUGCAGCUUAGAAGAAUUGAAAACGGUACUUAACCUCAAUUUCGGACAUUGGGAGAUCUUCAAAAUGGUUAUCACAUCACUAAGAGAAAAUAUAGCCGCCAAGAAGGGAACAAAAACUGCAACAUUUGUAAGCGGUUCUGGCGAUGCCACGGAAAUACAGGACAGCAUCACCAAUUCAGCCCAGCCUUCUUCAUCUUCAUCUGUAUUUCAGCCUAUUAGACAGAAACCUCAAAAUGUCAUGGAAAAGCAGCCUUCCAAGAUUCACGAUUUUGAGUAUCUACAGGUCACACUUGAGGAACAAAUGAUUUGCGGUGCACUGCAAACCCUUAACGAAGAUGCAUUCGAGGAUGUUGUGGGCAGUGAACGGCCUAGCCCUAGUGGUGAGAUGUUUUCCCAGUAUUUAGCACCAAUCCGAGAAAGUUCAGAGAUUGGUUCACCGCCGAGACUAAGCUAUAACUUCACUAACCCUAACCUACUUGAUCACGCAUCCAACGCUGCUGGCGAAGAUUCAUUUCAGCGUCGUUCUCAGUUGAGGUCACAUAGUUUGCACGAUGAGUCUCUUUCCAGUGUUGUGAUUAUGCCACACUACCCAUCGCAUGUCGAUGAUACUAAGUUGUAGCCGAUUUUGUUAUUCCGUUUUACUUAGACAAAAAAUACACAUUGUUUAUGACGGUGCUGCGCGUAAGCAAUCACUCGUAUGAUUGUUGCAUGUAGUUAAAAGUUUUCUAAAAAAAAGUGAGCAUACCAAUUCGUACCUAUAGUAAUUCGUAAUUAAGGAAACAAUCACCCAGGUGUACAAUAAUUUCACUAUGUACCAUCAGUAGAAGCAAAGCAUAUUGAAAUAAUGCUCUAUAUUUUUACAUCUUUCUUUAUCAUCAUUUUGUCGUUAUAACAGAAACAAACAAAUAUCUAUAUCAGUUUAAAUCAGCCGCAUAGAGUGAUAGCGUGGAGUAGAUCUAAUCAAGCAGAAUACAUGAAUACGAUGCAACCGA